GAAAGACCUGCCUGAUGAUAAACAUACCUGAGGCAACAAGGUAGGAGCCUUUUGUUUGGAACGCAGCCCAUGGCGUCAGUAUACCUGGCGAAGAAAGCGAAACUGAAAGUAUUCUUUAAGCCAGUUGGCUCCCCGGUUUUUGAGACUGAAGAGAAAUGUGCCGCAUCAGCCACCUGAUCCUGAAUUGCCUGGAUGAGCUGUUCAAGAAUGAAUUUAAGAAAUUUAAAUGGUCCUUGAUGGAAAACAAUGUGCAGGGUUUUACAUCUAUUCCCCGCGGCAGACUGGAGAAUGCUGAUAAACAAGAUCUUGUGGACCUGAUGGUGGAUCAGUAUGGUGACCCAGAAGCUGCCAACAUCACUGUACAGGUUCUUGAAAGCUUAGGAAAGAAUGACCUCGCCAGUAAGCUGCAAAGGAAACUGCAGGGUCAAGGGUCAGGAGGCGGAGUCCAGGCAGGAACAGCGGGCGGUGUGGGUGUGGCUUCCUCAUCCUCUUCCUCUCAGGCUGGUGGAGUCUCACUGAACAUCUCAGCUGAUGGCCAGAGCACCCUUCUUGCUCCUGUUCUGUCUGGAGGAACAUUUAACGGUCCAGUGAACAUAAACUACACCAGCACUCCACAGUGAACGUCUUCAUCUGGUGUGUUUUUAAUUCAGGAGAAAAAAGAUUAUUAGGUGACAGUGUGACCAAAAAUAAUUUUCUGUCACUCUUAUUUUUAUAACGAGUAACAUUCCUUGUAAUUUUUAGAUUUGUGUGCAUGUUUUCAUUGCCUGCUGUUUAGUUGCUUUUUUUUAAACUAUGAUAUAUUUUAGAUACAUUCCAAACUGAACUUACUUCACCAGCAGCACAGAACAUCGAACCACAAACACGGUGCUGUGAAAGUUCUCAUCUCAUCUCAUCAUCUCUAGCCGCUUUAUCCUUCUACAGGGUCGCAGGCGAGCUGGAGCCUAUCCCAGCUGACUACGGGCGAAAGGCGGGGUACACCCUGGACAAGUCGCCAGGUCAUCACAGGGCUGACACAUAGACACAGACAACCAUUCACACUCACAUUCACACCUACGCUCAAUUUAGAGUCACCAGUUAACCAAAGGCCCCGGUCACACCGCCCGAACUUUGCUGGAGCGUUCCUUGAACGGUAGGGAGGGGGGGCCGAAUUUCAACAACGCUCGUCACCGCGCACAAAAUGGGAAAAAAAUCGAAAACACGGGCAUUGGCUUAGCGGUGCACCGCUGAAGCCAGCGUUGCUUUAGCGUUGGUUUAGCGGUAGCGAGCGUUGGUUUAGCGGUGACGCGAGUGUUGGUAUAGCGGUGUUCUGUGCAUGCGGGCUUUGGCUCGGCGGGGGUAUAAAGUUGGUUUAGCGGCAUACCGCUUGUGACUACGGAGCUGAACGGAUCGUUUUGAUACAAGUUCUGAUAGAUUUUUGAUAGAAGCUCCACCAUCAGCUUGUCAUACAGUCCAUGUUCAGGCCUUCUCAGUAUUCACUGUCUGACCCACACAACUCUGUCUCUCCUUCUUCUCUCUCUUCUCCUUCUGUCAACAGCUUGUUGCAAUCUGAGGAGGUUCUGAUUCUGCUGCUGGACUAGUGCACCAAUCAUAGCAAGUCUCUCAGCAUCCAUGGUGAUACAGUUUUACUGUAACUUUGAGCAAAUUCGAUAUAGAUGAGGUCUGAACUCAACGGCAGCUCGAUUCCAAAUGAGCUCCUGGUCCAUUUCUCCCCGUAUUUAUAGCCAAAUUCUGGUCCCGCUCCGACACCUCUAUACCAACGCCAAACCAAAGUUCAUCGCCGCCAUGGAUAGCUGCUUCAACGCCCGACACUGUUCCAGCAACCCCGUGUCCGCUCGUAAAACGCUUACAACCGCUACACCGAAGUUUGUGCAACGUUUAAUCGCCGCCCGGGCAACGCUGGCGAAGCAGUGGUGGUCCAGCGUUCAAGAUUUCUGCGUUGGCCUAGCGGACCCAAGUGUCCACGAACUUGUGUCUAGCGGUGCCAAACUUUGACUGGGUGUUGGUGGAGCGGGGGUGAACUUUGCCGGGGCAGAAAAUUGCCCCCUCCUCACCGCUCGCAAUAUUUUGUGCAGCUCAAAACUUUCGGAGCGGUAGGAGGGCCCCUUGAGAAACAUCAGCGGUGGCUGAGCGUAUACGGCGUUGCUUUAACGGGGGCCAACUUUUGUUAAACGGUGGUGAACGGUUACGAGCGGUGAUGAAUUUUUUUCACCGCUCCAGGAAUGCUCCAGCAAAGUUCGGGCGGUGUGACCGGGGCCUAACCUGCAUGUCUUUGGACUGUGGGGGAAACCGGAGCACCCGGAGGAAACCCACACGGACACAGGGAGAACAUGCAAACUCCGCACACAAAGGCCCUCGCCAGCCAUGGGGCUCGAACCCGGACCUUCUUGCUGUGAGGCGACAGCGCUAACCCGCUGUGAAAUAAAAUACGGCAGCAAACGAUCAAUAAAAUGGCAGCUUGUACAGUAUACCCCUUUCAGAUCAUGUCCCAAUAAACCAGCAAAAGAUGUUUUGUGAUGUUCUGGUGUAUUAUGGAAAGCUAAAAUAAAAAUAAUAAAAAAUCCUACAUUCUUAAAGA